GAUUGAGAGCGCAAGCGAGCCAAGGGGGGGCCUCUGCCUGUGAAGGAUGCUGAAGAAGAGCACCCUGGUCCUCUGGGGCGUGGUGCUGUUUGUGGCCUGGAACGCCCUGCUCCUUUUCUUCCUGUGGACCCGGCCCCCAGCCUUCGACAACCACAGCCACUUGACCGAGGAGGUCAUCCGGCUGGCCCAGGACGCGGAGCUGGAGCUGGAGCACCAGAAGGACCUGCUGCGGCAGAUCCACCGGUACAGCGCCCUCUGGAGCAAGAAGAGGAAGAAGGUGGAGGAGACGGGUCGGUUCCCGCCGCCCGCUGCCGCCUCCAACCCUGGGGCUUUGCCCGCCACGGAGGUCGUCCUGCACCGGUCCCGGGCCUCCCCGGAUGCAGUCCUGCCCGUGGUGGUGAUCGCCUGCGACCGCAGCACGGUGCGUCGGUGCCUCGACAAGCUGCUGCACUACCGGCCGUCCCGGGAGCGCUUCCCCAUCAUCGUGAGCCAGGACUGCGGGCACGAGGAGACGGCCCGGGUCAUCGCCUCCUACGGCGACGCCGUCAUGCACAUCAAGCAGCCGGACCUGAGCGACAUCCCGGUGCCCACGGACCACCGCAAGUUCCAGGGCUACUACAAAAUCGCCCGACACUACCGCUGGGCCUUGAGCCAGGUUUUCCGCACCUUCCAGUAUCAGGCGGCCAUUAUGGUAGAGGACGACCUGGAAGUGGCUCCAGAUUUCUUCGAGUACUUCCAGGCGGCCUUCCCGCUCCUGCUGGCUGACCCCAGCCUCUGGUGCGUCUCGGCCUGGAACGACAAUGGCAAGGAGCAGAUGGUGGAGGCCGGCCGGCCGGAGCUGCUCUACCGUACAGACUUCUUCCCCGGCCUGGGUUGGCUGCUGCUGUCGGAGCUGUGGGACGAGCUGGAGCCCAAGUGGCCCAGGGCCUUCUGGGAUGACUGGAUGAGGCAGCCGGAGCAGCGGCGUGGCCGCUCCUGCAUUAGGCCCGAGGUCUCCCGCACCAUGACCUUUGGCCGCAAGGGCGUGAGCCAUGGGCAGUUCUUUGACCAGUACCUGAAGUUCAUCAAGCUCAACGACCGCUUCGUGCCUUUCACCCAGCUGGACCUCUCCUACCUCAAGAAGGAGGAGUAUGAGCGUUCGUUCCUGCCCAAGGUCUACGACGCCCCGGAGCUGCGGGUGGAGGACCUGCAGGGCAACCAGCAUCGGGAACUGGGCACCGUCCGCGUGCAGUACAGCAGCCGCGACUCCUUCAAGGCCUUCGCCAAGGCCCUGGGCGUUAUGGAUGAUCUCAAGUCGGGGGUGCCCCGGGCCGGCUACCGUGGCAUCGUCAGCUUUCUCUACCGCGGCCGGCGGGUCUACCUGGCGCCCCCUUCUGACUGGACGGGUUAUGACCCCAGUUGGAGUUAGCACCGUCUCUCCCCGGACAUUGACCCUUGAGCAUGUUGGACCCGUAAAGAUCAUGGAGCGGGUGGGCGGGCUGUGUGUGUGUGGGGCGGGGACUCAGACCUUGUAUUUUUGUUUUCUGAGUGGCAUUCGAGUGCAUUCCGGGACGAGGCGGGGUGUGUGUGUGUGUUUGUGCACUUAAUACUGGGGGAGGCAGGAUUAUUGUGUUGCCCGGAUGUGGGAGGCAGGGGACUGGGAUGGGGCAUGCUGAGGCUUUCCCCAUUGCCCUCCCCCUCCGCCCCCCCAGAGCCUAUCCCCUUUCUGACAUUGUGAUCUCCCUCUACCAUGUCCCUGGUGGUUUCUCCAUGGUGCAUGGGUGGGGUCAGAGCCAAUGCUGAACCGAACUGACUGACCAGUGGCUACUUUCCCAGCCUCUGUGAGCUGCGGGGGAAGAACGGAGAGAGGGGAGUGACCACCUCAACCCAGGAGGGCCUAAUGGUGAUGCCAGGACCUGCUUAGGACCUUUUGGCAGUUCCCACCUCGCCAUCCUUAGUUGGGGGCAGUGUGGGAGUGGGCAGGGGUCGCUUCUGGCUAUAGCUGGGAGGGAGCAUUGGAGAUGACGGGGCGCCCUUGAUGGUCCUCGAGCCCAUCGUUAGCUGUAGGGGAGUUGUGCAGGGGCAGGGAUCUUUAUGUCCUUGAUGGCCUCUUUGGUGUCUCCAUCAGACCUUCUCUAGCAUGGCUGGAGCAUCAGAACCUUCUCACCUUUUGACCUGUGCAGUGGUCCCCAAGCAGCCCUCUGGGUCAGGGGUGUGUGAGGAGUUGUCCUGGCUUCCUCUAUCCAGCAACAUUGCGUCCCCCUAGUGUUCCUCUGCUUGCAGAGGGCGUUCCCCCACGGUGGUCCCUUCACUUUGUUCUUCAUUGCCGCUUUUCUACGCUGUGCGCAGAGGAAGCUUGUUACGGAGCCGGGGCUCUGCAAUCUGGCUUGUGUCACUCUCCCUGGCAAGGAAGGGAGAGAUCCGAGCUUGUGGCCUGCCUUAAUCCUCACCGGGGGCCUCCAUCCUUUCCCGGGUUGAAGUUCGGUUCAAAGUUGGCUCAGUCCCUGCCCGCUGGUGGCUGAUUCCCUUACUGCCAUGGUUGAGAGGACCAUUGAUGUAGCAAUGGGGAGAUAUCACCAUGGAGGAGAACCCCAGGAGUGCUGGGACACAAGAAGAGGGGCUCUCUGACAACGAGCCCUGCCUUAUCUAUGGGAGUAGAGCCCCCUCUCCAGUCUCUUAGAGGUGCUGCUAAGCUGUUCAAGAGCCAGUUUGGGGAGGGAGAGUUACAGUUCAGACCUCAUUUGGCCAAAACAUAGACCACACCAAAGGGUAACUUUUCCCCCCGCUGUAUUAUUUUGCUGUAUUGUCCUGUUUCUGUUUUAAAUCCCCUUGUAUCUU